AUGAUACCUGAAGUAGUAGAAUCUGUUGAACCUGUAGCCUUCAACCUCAAAACAAUCAUCCAUGGCCUUCUUCAAUACCCGAAACCUACAUCCAUUCACCUACAAUACCCUAAACCAACAUCUGUCAACUUUCAAAACCCUAAACCUAUAGCUUUCACCUAUCAAAACCCUAAACAAACAUCUCUUCAUCUACCAACUUCAUUCAAACACCUAAAAGAAGUUACGAAAGUUUACGGAAGCAGCAACAACUUACUGCAGCCACAGAUUGCAUCACCACAUCAUACAAGGACUCAGAUUUCAAUUCCAAUUUGUAUAAUAAAAGAAGUUAAACGUCUCUUUGCACUGGGUGUUACACUGGGUAUUGGAUUACCAUCAAUGGAAAAUCACACAAGGAAAUACCUCAUCUCUAAGGUAUCAAAUUCAGGUCCUGUCCUCAAACCAAUUCCAACAUUACCAAUAAAGAAACAAAUACAUAAGGAUUAUGUUGUUCAAAACUUUAUCAGUAUAGAGAAUGUUGAUAUUGUACCUGUGCAUGAAGAACGAAAAAUAUCUUUACCCUUAUUGGGUUUGGAAUAUUCUUUUCUAUCUUUGAAAGACGCCAGCAAAAAAACAACAGAAGAAAUUCCACCAGGCUUUGAGCAUGCAGCAAAAGAAUUCGCAUAUGACACUGAUAGUACUUCACUGGAAUACCCACCGGGCUAUGAGCUAGUAGCACCAAACUUGGUAGAUGAUAAUGUUUCAUAUGGUAAUUCUUUAGCAGCAAACCUCUCGGAUGAUACGAGUUCUAAUGAUCACUUAGUUCCGGUUAUACCAAGAAAGUUGAGUAAUGAGCUAAGAAGACUGGGGAUGUCCAUUGAGGUGAUUUCUUCACCAACAUCCAGAACAAAGAGGGGAUUGAACUCCAAUAGAAGAAGAACGGUGGUUCAUAAAUUCCUACAGAUGAUUAGAGCUCCUAUCAUUAUUCUUCAAGAGACAAAGAUGAUGCAAUGUUCCUCUUGGGAUAUUAAGCAAAUAUGUGGUUCUAAGAAUGUAGGUUGGACUCUACAACAAUCGGUAGGAAAUUCCGGUGGCAUGUUAAUUCUCUGGGAUAGAGAUUUUUUGGAAGUAAGUGACUCACUUGUCGGUGACUACACGCUUUCAAUUUUAUGUAAAAAUAAGAAUGAUAACUUCCAGUGGGUGCUUACAAACGUUUAUGGACCAAACCAUUCAGUGGAAAGGACUGAAUUUUGGAUAGAACUCGAUAACGUUUGUAGAUAUUGGAUUAAUAUUCCAUGGUGUAUUGGGGGUGACUUCAACACAAUUGUGAAGUGUGGUGAAAAAAAGAAUUGUAAGAGGAUUACAAGAAGUAUGAGAAAGUUCAACACAUUUAUAGUUGAGAACGAUCUCAUUGAUUUGCCUCUGAAGGGUGCAAGAUACACUUGGUCGAAUGGACAAUCAAAUCCGGUUAUGCAGUUAGCUAAAGCCAUACCUACAUCCGAUCACAUUCCACUCCUUCUAUACAUUUCUGACCCUUCCUGGGGACCUAGUCCUUUUAGGUUUGACGCUAUGUGGUUCAUGGAGAAUGGUACACCUAGUACAGUGCUUUGGUUGAAGUUAAAGGCACUUAAGGAAAAGCUAAAAGUCUGGAACAAAGAAGUUUUUGGACACACAACCACAAAGCUCAAUAUCAUUCUCUCGGAUUUUCAAACUCUAGAUUUGCUAGGAGAAGAUAAUGUUCUCACAGAAGAAGAGCGAAAUGUGCAUCUACAAAAUAAAGUGGAAUUCGAAAAGAUUUCUAAAAUGGAGGAGACGAAGAGGUUACAAGAACAUAUUGUGGGUUUUUACAAGACACUUUUCACUGAAGAAGAAAUUAUUAGGCCUGAUUUAAAAGGGAUUGAUUUUGAUUCCAUCACUGCUACAGAAGCUAUUAUCUUAUAUUCUGAUUUUAGUGAAGAUGAGGUCGUACGUGCCAUCAGGGACUUAGGAAAUGACAAAGCUUUGGGUCCAGAUGGAUUUCCAAUUAUUUUCUUUCAGAAGUGCUGGCAUUUCAUCAAAGGAUAUUUUAUGGCUACGGUGAAUAAAUUUUGUACCACAGGUAAUAUUAAUUCUAAGCAUAAUUCUACUUUUAUUACUCUUAUACCGAAAAAGGAUCACAUCGAAACAAUCAAGGAUUGUAGACCUAUAUGUCUCCUUACUAGUGUUUACAAGAUCAUUGCCAAGGUGUUAUCCACGAGACUUAAACUUGUCAUGGAUAAACUCAUAUCCCCGGUGCAAUGCGCGUAUAUCGAAGGCAGACAAAUUAUCGAUGGUACCCUAAUAGCCAACGAGUUGGUAGAUUCUAGACUAAGGUCUGGAAAUGCUGGAAUUUUAUGCAAAAUUGAUCUGGAGAAGGCGUUUGAUAGAAUAAAUUGGAAUUAUCUUGAAUCUGUGCUUAUUCAAAUGGGGUUUACCUCAAAAUGGCGCAACUGGUUGAGGUUUUGUUAUGCUACUUCAUCAUUUUCAGUUUUAAUUAAUGGAUCUUCUUUUGGUUGCUUCACAAGUACAAGGGGAGUUCGACAGGGUUGCCCCGUUUCUCCUCUUUUGUUCAACAUUGCGAUGGAGGGUGUUUCCAGAUAUAUAGAUAGAGUUGCGAAUCAGGAUCUUUUCAGCGUUUUCUCAGUCACACCUACAAGUACCAUAGUGAAUCACCUUCAUUAUGCAGAUGAUACGAUUUUCUUUGUUGAAAAUAACAAGGAGCAAUUACAUAAUCUGUUUUCAGCUUUACAGUGUUUUGAGUACAUUGCAGGUUUAAAGGUAAACACUACCAAGACAAGGCUUAUUUCUGUUGGAGAAGUCCCAAACUUAGCCUUGUGGGCUGAGGAAUUCGGUUGUGCAAUAGACUGUUUACCUUUCCAGUAUUUGGGAAUGCCGUUAGGUGCUAAGUCCAGUUCGAAGAGAAUUUGGGACCCAAUUAUAGAGAAAUUCGACGCCAGAUUAUCCGUCUGGAGACGUAUUUCUUUAUCAAAGGGAGUCUGCGCUACUAAAGAAAAAGGCGGCCUAAGUGUGUAUAACCUGAGAUUAAUGAAUUUAUCUUUGCUUGCAAAAUGGUGUUGGAGGUUUGGUGUCGAAAAGAGAAAGCUAUGGUACAAGAUAAUAGAGGAGAAAUAUGGCUCAGAGUUUUCUUAUUGGAAUCCCGGUAACAUUGCUACAACAUAUGGUACCUCUUGUUGGCGAGCCAUUGCGGAAACUGCUAAUCUUGUGAGUUCCAAUUCUACCUUAUACUUACAUUCAGGUGGUUGGAAGUUUGAUUUUAGGCGUGUUCUUUCAAAUACAGAGGUGGUGGAAUUCGCUACACUACUUACCAUUAUAGGGGACAAUCCACCUACUCAAGAUGAUCUGAAGGAUACUCGCAGAUGGAAACUUAACCACACGGGAGUUUUUACUGUGAAAUCACUAUAUGCUAAAUUAGUGGCAGAAGAUGGAGUUAAUCACUUUCCUUAUUCGUUCAUUUCGAAGACGGCAAUACCACCAAAGAUUAAUAUCUUAAUGUGGUGUUUGAUUCACGGUAAACUGAAUACAAUUGAUAUCUUGCAACACAAAGCUAUGGAUCUUCAUAAUUCUUGUGUUCUGUGUGGAAUUGGUGUAGAAUCUCAGGAUCAUUUAUUCUUACAUUGUAAGAUUGCUUAUAAGAUUUGGUCGAUCAUUCUGCUUAAUACAGGUUGGAGUUGGGUUUUACCGGGUUCCAUGAGAAUUUUGGCAGAAAGUUGGCACCAUAAUCAUUUUUCCCGUACAGGGAAUUAUAUUUGGGAUCUAAUACCAGCAGCGGUUGUUAAUACAAUUUGGAAUGAAAGGAAUUGCAGACGUUUUGAGGAACAAUAUAUUUACAAAACAGAUGAUGAUCUGGUUUUGUCUGUCAAAUCCUCUAUUUUAGUUUGGGCAACAGCAACAG